AUGAACCUGGCUCCAUCCUGUCACCUCCUUCUGCUUGUUCUCAGCCUGACAGGUGUGUACGGGAAUAAAAUCGUCGGGGGUAUAGUGGUACAACCCAACUCCAUCAAGUAUCAGGCCUCCCUCCUGUUCAUGAACUACCACUACUGUGGAGGCACCCUCAUCCACCGGCAGUGGGUGGUGUCUGCUGCCCACUGUUGGAGACCGAGCCACAUGAUCCAAGUGGUCCUGGGUGAGCACAGGAGCAACAAUUACGAGGGCUUUGAGCAGAAGUUCAGUGCCUCCUUAGUCAUACAGCACUACCUAUACCAACACUGGACGUUUGACAAUGAUAUCAUGCUGAUUAAGUUGGACCGUCCAGCUAUCAUCAACGCCAAGGUGGAGCCGGUCUCUUUGCCAGACUCAACGCCCUUGGCCGACCUUGCCCGGUGCACAGUCAGCGGCUGGGGGUUGACCUGGCUCAACAGCUACAAUCUGUCACCUGUACUGAGGUCUGUGGAUGUGGACAUCAUUAAAAACUGCCGGUACUACUACUACCACUACAGGAUCACAGACAACAUGAUCUGUGCUGGCUCUCUCCAUGGUGGGAAAGACUCCUGUCAGGGUGACUCCGGAGGACCUCUUGUUUGUAACGGUAAAUUUGAGGGCAUUGUAUCAUGGGGCAUCGGCUGUGCCAUUGCUUACUACCCUGGCGUCUACACCAAGGUCAGAAACUACCUCGGAUGGAUCAACUGGGUCACCCAGAACAGAUAAUGAGACUCUUAAUAACAAGCUCAGCUAAGACUCUACUGUGAUGAAGAUUUGAAUGGAUCCUAAUAGACCCAGAGGCCCUCAUGGAUUUGUUUUAUUGUCUUUUAUACAACAUAAAAACGAUCUGUAACAUACACCCCAUGAGUGUGAAAAAAAAAUGUUUAGCCACAGAAGCCUCAGAUUAUUAUGUAAUAAAAGUCUGACAUCUACAACUACAGCUAAAUGCACUUUGUGUGUUAUAGUUAUUUUGCUGUAGUGUUUUUCAGAAGU